AUGAUGGUAAUCGCAAAUGACUGCUUUCGGGACUGUCCAUUUGACAGCAGCUCCAAUCGAUGUUAUGACAACUGUCUCGCCGUCUUCAAGAACGUCCUAGCAGAGAGCAACUGCGAUGGAAUGCAUCCAUCUCAUCACGUCGACCCUAAGCCGCCAAGGCCGACUUAUGCGCCAACAAUCCGACCGACGCGAACUUACCCAUCUCCCCCGAAAACAACUCGACCGUCAAAAUACCCGCAAGAUCAGCAAGGCUGGACAACUCGCCCCGUCCACAACAACGGACCCAUGCACAACAACAACCACAACAACGGCUGGUACAACAACAAGCCCUACACAACUCGGAAGCCAUACUACACCCCUCCCUAUACCACCAGAUAUCCUUAUUAUACUGACAUGGAUGCCAUGUAUGGCAGAAUGGACAGCCAGCAAGAAAUGACGACGUUUAGGACUGAAAUUCACACAACAACCUCCACAGCGACAACAACGACAACAACAACAACAACGACAAGCGUGCCCCUGAUCCUCUCCGGCGUCCAAACACAAUUCCCGAAAUCUGAACUUUCUUCUCGCGGCUUCAAAAAGUAUUUCUCAGCUGAUUUUUCGACAGGACGUGUCGGUCAAGGACUCAAGGAGAUUCCAGCGGGCGCGCAGAACAUUUUCGUCGGGACGGCUCGAUUGAUGCUUUGUUAUAUUUUAUUCUGCGAAAAUAAUGAGCCUUUAAACCAGGUUGGCGUUUUUGGCGACGAAAGCCUUUUCUUCGCCAGAAGCUUCCCUUACCAGCAGCAGACCACAGCCAUCCCCGCGAACGGAUUUUACAGUUACUACUCGAACAAUGAAAUCCCCGGAGAGCCCUUUGGUUUCGCCGCCUCGCCCGACAUUUAUCUCGGACCGUUUGACUUUUUCGACUGUCAAAUUCAAGCCGGACGAUGGGAUUGUCCGCCCGCUCAGCUCGAGAAAAGCCGCAUGUCACUUUACAUGAACUUUCCCUACUCGUCUGGAUGGCGAUGUGGCUCGGACACUGCUGCUAAUUACGAAUCCGCCACUGCGUUUAAAAAAGACUUUGUUCUUGAAGCCUGGUACAAUUGA